AUGAGAAUCGCUAAACUACAACACAUCUCGAAGGUUUCUCUCAACAGCUGUUCAAGAUCUAAGUCACCUAGCAAUCGGCUUGCAUUCAUAUACGAGAGCGAAUUGGCGUUUCCCCCGCACCGCUGGCCUCCUAAAACUAUGCCUCCAAAAGGUGCUCCAACACGCAUAAAACCACUACAUUUGCAGACAAUCCAGAAACUGCGAGUUAAGAGCCCGAAUACUCAUCAAGCAAACCCAUGUCUUGCUGCCAUGACAAGCGUUCUGAGUUGUUGGGCUUCAAACCGAUCGGCGGGCAGCGGAUGUUUCGCUUUAGAACAACAAUUAAGAACCUGUAUGGAUAAUGGUAAACCACAACGGAAAGGCAAGAGCACGAUCAAUUACCACCUCAUGCGAAUGUUUCCCAAGAUAUCGGGACCGAGAAAGAAGGACGGCGUGUUUCACUGA